ACCCGCGAAACGUUGACUUCAACAUCCCGUCUAACUCUUAGCAACAUUUACACAAACAGAACAUGUUUACAAUCUUUCAAACCUACGACAAUUUAAUUCUACAGGCUACAUUUCUCUUUCCCUUUCUGUACUUCUUACUUACUUCAAAAUCCCCGCUCUUUUCCUGCAAGGUCUUUCACCUAUGUUCACCCUGAUAAUGUUGGCAACAAUAAUUCUCAACACGGUGUUAAAGCUGCUAUUCGAAGACCCUCUAGCUCCGAUUCAGGCUCUGGCCUUGAUGGGUACCAGACUUUAUCGUCUAAAACAAGUGCUGAGCUCAAGAAGAGGAAUAAAGCCAAAGAAAAGUUUGGAUUUAUUUUAAGGAUUGUAGUAAUUUGUUCAUUUAUUCGUUUGUUGCAUUCUCUUGUUUGUUGCUUUACUUAUAAUUGAACGGAAGUCAAGAUUCUGGGGCUUUGACUGAUGGCGUUUUAGUUGUUAUUUUCUGGGGUUUGUUACUUUCUUCAAGGCGUUGUAUCAUUAGUAAAGUUGUCGUUCGAUAAAUCUGCAUCAAAGAGGUUAGAUAGGCAACUGAGUUUGAUUGUUGGGUUUCUGGGGUUUGUUUUAGGUCUCAUGAUUUGUUCUGGAAUUGUUCCUAAAGUACUGGAUUUUGAGAUUGAUUCCAUUGAUGGGUUUGGGAAGAUCUUUUGUGCCGUUUUAAUGGGCUGCAUUGCGGGUUGUCUUUAUAUGCCUGCAGGAAAGAGUGCCAGGUCAUUUUGGCUUGGAACCGAUCAGCUUCGAUGCAGCUUGGCUAUAAUUUAUUGUGGAUGGUUUGCUAGAAUAAUUCUAUAUGCUAACUAUUUGCUAAUUGUUUCUACGGCUUUGUUUGGAUUAAUCCAUUAGCCGAAAUUCUUAUCAUGAAGAGGAUUAAUGAUAGUAAAGGAUUACAGGCAGUUACUAGUGUUGGAGAUGCUGAGAAUUUGGUUGGGAAUAUAGGUUUUGCGCAGGAAGAUUUUAACAUGCUUAGACAUUGGUUCUUGUUGCUUUCGGGUAUCAUUCAAAUUGUGGCUCUACGUCCUAACUUGCAGAUGUAUUUGAAUGAAGCAGUUUUGUCUUGGUACCAAAGACUGCAUGCUAGCAAGUUCCCAGAUUUGGAUUUCAGUAGGGCUAAGGUUUUCCUGCACAAUCACUACUUGUGUCUUGUGGUUCUGCAGUUUUUUGCUCCAGCAAUCCUGGAUGUAUACCCCUAUCAGAUAUAGUGUAGCCAUGCAGGGGCUUAGGAUAAGUUCUCAGUUACAUCAUAAAGAGUCAUUGCACUCCAGGCACUACACUUAGGGGCCUGCUAGAGUUUUGUUAGUCGAUCUUGUUUGGAGUAGAAAUAUGUGUAAGUGAACAUUAAGAAUCUCCUUAUUGUUUCUCUAGUGUCUGCGGGCCAUACUCCCCUAGCCUAUUAGUAAAUUUUUUCUAUAUGCUAUAUUGUUUGAAAUUUUUGCUAGAAUCAUUUCUAAUUUCCACUCUUUGGUUUCUAAGAAAAAUUAGUAACUGAUCUCCACUUCGGAGAUAGCUUUAGUCCAUGUAACUGGAGAUAAGCUGAAAGAACAGAAUGAAAUAUCCUGAUCUCCACUUGCAUUCUAUG